GUGCUUGGGCGAGGCCUCCUGAACUCUGACCUUAGCUUUCCGUAGCGUCCUGCGUCUUCCGCCCCCGUCCCCGAGCGAAGUAGGCGGGCUUUGGCCUUUUGCCCUAGGGAGCGAGUGCGGAGGGAGUGGGAGCGAGACGGCCCUGAGUGGAAGGGUCUGGUUACCCUUACUGGCCGUGCUGUACGCCUCGCCGCCCAUGAGUUCGUCCUUCCGCGAAUAGCGCCGUCAUUAGGCUGGUCCGGUAGCCUCGGCUUACCCCGGGACAGGCCCACGCCUCGCCGGGGAGGGGGCAGCCCGUCGAGGCGCCUCCCUAGUAAGCGUCGGCGUCGCGCUGCGACCCUGGAAGCGGGAGCUGCAGCGAGCGAGAGGAGGAGCUCCAGCGGCGGCAGCGGGCGGCAGCUCCAGCAGCGCCAGCGGGCGGGAUCGAGGCCGUCAACAUGGCGAGCGCCUCGUACCACAUUUCCAAUUUGCUGGAAAAAAUGACAUCCAGCGACAAGGACUUUAGGUUUAUGGCUACAAAUGAUUUGAUGACGGAACUGCAGAAAGAUUCCAUCAAGUUGGAUGAUGAUAGUGAAAGGAAAGUAGUGAAAAUGAUUUUAAAGUUACUGGAAGAUAAAAAUGGAGAGGUACAGAAUUUAGCUGUCAAAUGUCUUGGCCCUUUAGUGAGUAAAGUGAAAGAAUACCAAGUAGAGACAAUUGUAGAUACCCUCUGCACUAACAUGCUUUCUGAUAAAGAACAACUUCGGGACAUUUCAAGUAUUGGUCUUAAAACAGUGAUUGGAGAACUUCCUCCAGCUUCCAGUGGCUCUGCAUUAGCUGCUAAUGUAUGUAAAAAGAUUACUGGACGUCUUACCAGUGCAAUAGCAAAGCAGGAAGAUGUCUCUGUUCAGCUAGAAGCCUUGGAUAUUAUGGCUGAUAUGUUGAGCAGGCAAGGAGGACUUCUUGUUAAUUUCCAUCCUUCAAUUCUGACCUGUCUACUUCCCCAGUUGACCAGCCCUAGACUUGCAGUGAGGAAAAGAACCAUUAUUGCUCUUGGCCAUCUGGUUAUGAGCUGUGGAAAUAUAGUUUUUGUAGAUCUUAUUGAACAUCUGUUGUCAGAGUUGUCCAAAAAUGAUUCCAUGUCAACAACAAGAACCUACAUACAAUGUAUUGCUGCUAUUAGUAGGCAAGCUGGUCAUAGAAUAGGUGAAUACCUUGAGAAGAUAAUUCCUUUGGUGGUAAAAUUUUGCAAUGUAGAUGAUGAUGAAUUAAGAGAAUACUGUAUUCAAGCCUUUGAAUCAUUUGUAAGAAGAUGUCCUAAGGAAGUAUAUCCUCAUGUUUCUACCAUUAUAAAUAUUUGUCUUAAAUAUCUUACCUAUGAUCCAAAUUAUAAUUACGAUGAUGAAGAUGAAGAUGAAAAUGCAAUGGACGCUGAUGGUGGUGAUGAUGAUGAUCAAGGGAGUGAUGAUGAAUACAGUGAUGAUGAUGACAUGAGUUGGAAAGUGAGACGUGCAGCUGCUAAGUGCUUGGAUGCCGUAGUUAGCACAAGGCAUGAAAUGCUUCCAGAAUUCUACAAGACCGUCUCUCCUGCACUAAUAUCCAGAUUUAAAGAGCGUGAAGAGAAUGUAAAGGCAGAUGUUUUUCACGCAUACCUUUCUCUUUUGAAGCAAACUCGUCCUGUACAAAGUUGGCUAUGUGACCCUGAUGCAAUGGAACAGGGAGAAACACCUUUAACAAUGCUUCAGAGUCAGGUUCCCAACAUUGUUAAAGCUCUGCACAAACAGAUGAAAGAAAAAAGUGUGAAGACCAGACAGUGUUGUUUUAACAUGUUAACUGAGCUGGUAAAUGUAUUACCUGGGGCCCUAACACAACACAUUCCUGUGCUUGUACCAGGAAUCAUUUUCUCCCUGAAUGAUAAAUCAAGCUCAUCGAAUUUGAAGAUUGAUGCUUUGUCGUGUCUAUACGUAAUCCUCUGUAACCAUUCUCCUCAAGUCUUCCAUCCUCAUGUUCAGGCUUUGGUUCCUCCAGUGGUGGCCUGUGUUGGAGACCCAUUUUACAAAAUUACAUCUGAAGCACUUCUUGUUACUCAACAGCUUGUCAAAGUAAUUCGUCCUUUAGAUCAGCCUUCCUCAUUUGAUGCAACUCCUUACAUCAAAGAUCUAUUUACCUGUACCAUUAAGAGAUUAAAAGCAGCUGACAUUGAUCAGGAAGUCAAGGAAAGGGCUAUUUCCUGUAUGGGACAAAUUAUUUGCAACCUCGGAGACAAUUUGGGUUCUGACUUGCCUAAUACACUUCAGAUUUUCUUGGAGAGACUAAAGAAUGAAAUUACCAGGUUAACUACAGUAAAGGCGUUGACACUGAUUGCUGGGUCACCUUUGAAGAUAGAUUUGAGGCCUGUUCUGGGAGAGGGGGUUCCUAUCCUCGCUUCAUUUCUUAGGAAAAACCAGAGAGCUUUGAAACUGGGUACUCUUUCUGCCCUAGAUAUUCUAAUAAAAAACUAUAGUGACAGCUUGACAGCUGCCAUGAUUGAUGCAGUACUAGAUGAGCUCCCGCCUCUUAUCAGCGAAAGUGAUAUGCAUGUUUCACAAAUGGCUAUCAGUUUUCUUACCACUCUGGCAAAAGUGUAUCCUUCCUCCCUUUCAAAGAUAAGUGGAUCCAUUCUCAAUGAACUUAUUGGACUUGUGAGAUCACCCUUAUUGCAGGGUGGAGCUCUUAGUGCCAUGCUAGACUUUUUCCAAGCUCUGGUUGUCACUGGAACAAAUAAUUUAGGAUACAUGGAUUUGUUGCGCAUGUUGACUGGUCCAGUUUACUCUCAGAGUACAGCUCUUACUCAUAAGCAGUCUUAUUAUUCCAUUGCCAAAUGUGUAGCUGCCCUUACUCGAGCAUGCCCUAAAGAGGGACCUGCUGUAGUAGGUCAGUUUAUUCAAGAUGUCAAGAACUCACGGUCUACAGAUUCCAUUCGUCUCUUAGCUCUACUUUCUCUUGGAGAAGUUGGGCAUCAUAUUGACUUAAGUGGACAGUUGGAACUAAAAUCUGUAAUACUAGAAGCUUUCUCAUCUCCUAGUGAAGAAGUCAAAUCAGCUGCAUCCUAUGCAUUAGGCAGCAUUAGUGUGGGCAACCUUCCUGAAUAUCUGCCAUUUGUCCUACAAGAAAUAACCAGUCAACCCAAAAGGCAGUAUCUUUUACUCCAUUCCUUGAAGGAAAUUAUUAGCUCUGCAUCAGUGGUGGGCCUUAAACCAUAUGUUGAAAACAUCUGGGCCUUAUUGUUAAAGCACUGUGAGUGCGCAGAGGAAGGAACCAGAAAUGUUGUUGCUGAAUGUCUAGGAAAACUCACUCUAAUUGAUCCAGAAACUCUCCUUCCACGGCUUAAAGGGUACUUGAUAUCAGGUUCAUCAUAUGCCCGAAGCUCAGUGGUUACGGCUGUGAAAUUUACAAUAUCUGACCAUCCACAGCCUAUUGAUCCGCUGUUAAAGAACUGCAUAGGUGAUUUCCUGAAAACUUUAGAAGACCCAGAUUUGAAUGUGAGAAGAGUAGCCUUGGUCACAUUUAAUUCAGCAGCACAUAAUAAGCCAUCCUUAAUAAGAGAUCUAUUGGAUACUGUUCUUCCACAUCUUUACAAUGAAACAAAAGUUAGGAAGGAGCUUAUACGAGAGGUAGAAAUGGGUCCAUUUAAACAUACAGUUGAUGAUGGUCUGGAUAUUAGAAAGGCAGCUUUUGAGUGUAUGUACACACUUCUAGAUAGUUGUCUUGAUAGACUUGAUAUCUUUGAAUUUCUAAAUCAUGUUGAAGAUGGUUUGAAGGACCAUUAUGAUAUUAAGAUGCUGACAUUUUUAAUGCUGGUGAGACUGUCUACCCUUUGCCCAAGUGCAGUACUGCAGAGGUUGGACCGACUUGUUGAGCCAUUACGUGCAACAUGUACAACUAAGGUGAAGGCAAACUCAGUAAAGCAGGAAUUUGAAAAACAAGAUGAAUUAAAGCGAUCUGCCAUGAGAGCAGUAGCAGCACUGCUGACCAUUCCAGAAGCAGAGAAGAGUCCACUGAUGAGUGAAUUCCAGUCACAAAUCAGUUCUAACCCUGAGCUGGCGGCCAUCUUUGAAAGUAUCCAAAAAGAUUCAUCAUCUACUAACUUGGAAUCAAUGGACACUAGUUAGAUGUUUGUUCACCAUGGGGACCAUUACAUAUGACCAUACAGUGCACUGAAUUGACAGGUUAAUCAUAAGACAUGGAAAGAGAAGUGUCUAAAAGCUUCAAAAUGUUCCGCUUUUUUUUCCUUCAUGGAGACAGUUUGUUUGGCUUUCUUCCAUUGUUGUUUUUGUAGCAUUUAUUUCAGAAAUGUGUAUUUCCAUGAUCCAGAGGUUGUAAAACCACUAUUGUUUUAGUGGUUGCGGCAACAUUUAAAAUGGAAAUUAAAAGUUAGGAUUUUAUGGAGUAUGGAGGUAGGGUCCAGUAUCUAUUUACCCUGUAAUGUUUAGGAUUAAAAUGUUAAAAUUUUGUGACCAUGAAUUUCUUUCUUUUAUAUAAUUUUCUCAUUUAAAAAUCAAAAAUCUUGCAAAACAAAACCAUGUUUCUUUUUCUUGUAUAACUUUGUUUUCAGCGACAUAAAUUGAUUUUUAGCUGGCAGACAAGAAUAUCCAUAUAAGAUUUGUUUUCAUUUCAGAGGGUUUGGCAAUUUUAAAAUGAUAAUAAGGUAUCAUUUUUAAAAAUUAAUAUCCCUGUUGCGCACACUAAUUUUGCAUGAGCAAGUUUACAAAUAUGUAUUGUCUGUAAAGCAGCAUGUGCAGAUUAUUCAUAAUAUAGAAGUUAAAAUAAGUAUUAUUAGUGCAAUUUUCAGAUAUUUAUUUUUGCACAGAAAACACAUUAUCUGGAGAGAAAGAAAGGAGUAAAUUUUUGAGACUUUGGUUUUCUUAAUGCCAGUGUGAAUUUGCAGAUGUUUUCAGCAAAUCAAGUCACAGUAACAAUUUGCUACUUUUUUCUAUUAUAAAUCUUACACACUUAAAAUUUGAAUAUUUAAGUGCUCAGUUUUUCUCAGUUACCCAUUUGUGUGUGUGUGUGUGUUUCCACCUAGAAAUUCUUAAAACCAGAUUUUUCUUUCAUUUCCUUUGGAUGUCUACAUUCCUUAUCAAAGGAUAUAAAUACUGUGUAUGCUUUUGAAUUUUACUUUUAGGAAAAUUCUGAAGCCAGCUAUCACAGGUUUGUUAGCCUAAUAAUAGUAUUUUCUUUUAGUUGAGUUAGAUUUUUCCCCAUCUCCUGUAGAGCUAAUUUACAUAUUGUAUUUGGUAAGUGUUAAUUACUUUUCCUGAUUAAGGGAUCUGUGCUGGGGGAACAAAGCUUUUGCAGUACCUUAUAUUGUAGUUAAAAUUUUAUUUAACAUAUCCUUCAGUGAGCUCCUUUCACACUGUAGCCUCUUUUUUCAAAUUUGUGGUGCUCCUGUUACAGUAAGAACUAAUUCUGAAAUAAAAGACAUCUCCUAAUGCUGUGCAAACAUAGUUUACAUGUGUUGAAGGAGGCAGUUGUUAAAUUGAGUGACCAGUUUUAAGCAAUCAGAUAUUUGAAAACUGCACCCUUUAUUUUUGAAACUGUGAAUUAGAAACACUUUUCCUGCUGUAUUACUACCUGCUUUAACAUCCAAAUAUACAGUGAUUUUAAUUGAUAACAUACUGUGGUUUCUUAGAUUAACAGCUUGAUUUUGAAUGUUCAGGUGAUAAUGCAGAAGACAUAUCACUACUAGUAAGGAUUUCGACUAGUGCAUUGAUGUUGAAGUUGGUGCCGUUUCUAAAUGUGGCAGGUGAUAUCUUAUACCAUAAUUUGCAUAAAACUGUAAUUGAAGUUUAUUUUGAGAUGUUAGUAUAUUAUGUACUAUGCAUUUCUGUGGUAUAGAUGUUGUGGAUAUAUUUAAGUAUUUGGUUACAUAGUUUCACAAUAAAUUACAAUACCGCAGGCUCUAGGACUGAAUAGGAGACUGACAUGCAUAUGUUGUGUGAAUGUCUUAGUUGGGUUAAGUUAAAUCCCAAUACUUCAACUGGCUUUUUCUUCAGUUUAUUUGUUUUUAACUUUCAAGAUGCAUCUUUCUUUGUUUUGUUUUUUGUUUUUGUCUUGCAAGUCAGCUUUCUAACAGUUGAAAUUCUUUCAGUACUAAAGAAAUAGAUGCUGCUCUUUUAUAGCUUUAGUGUUGAGAUACCUAUUUAUACACAUUCAUUAACAGAAUGGGUAACAGAGCAAUGCUUAGAAUUUAAAUGCUUUGUCAUACUGAUGGUUAACUCCAUACUCCUAGUGGUGAUGUGGUCCAGAUACUGGAAUGGAUGUGGCAGGGUGUGGAGUCCAGACAUAGUCUACCACUAAUGCUGCUCACAUAAUAUUAAGGUGUUCUGGUUAGCAAUUUUCCACAUGUAGGUUCCUGAGGAGAUCUAAAAGUUAAUACAAAACCAAGGCGUUUAUUCAUUUUCAUGAGAACAUUUAAGUUAGUUUUGGUCUAACUGAUGUAUUUUAAAAGAAGGCAGAAAGGAAAUUUGGUAUGGCAGGGCCUGACCUAAAAGGUUAUUUAAAAAAUCAGUAGUACUGAAUGAUAAUUUUAUAAAUGAUGGUCAUGUAUUUUAUUAAUGAUUUCUGAAAGCUGUUUAACCAUAAGGAAUUAGAAUUCUUAAAGGGUUGGAAUAUGAUGAUUUCAUAAAAUGUCUGAAUAUUUACAUAAUUUUUAUGUAACCGUAAUUAAGCCAAAUUAGUCUUUUUUCUUCAUACUUGGGUAAGUAGUAAAGAAAUAACAUAGGAGCAUAUCUAAUUAACCAGUUCUAGUGGGUGUUCUGAUAUCUUUAGUUCAGUCUCAGACGUAUGAAUAUGAUUGUAUGGUCGUAAUUGAAGUACAAAAUGAGGAAGCAUACACAGUCCUCAGCCACUGAAAAAUUCAGUUGAGUUGUUUAUACUCCUGUAAGCUGUAAUUAGUCACAAGACAAAGUAUAUAGUAAUACUUUGUAAUGAAGUAACAUUUUUUGCCCACAUUAAUUUUAGUAAAGAUCUAAAUUGUUAAAAUGAAUUGCCAAUCUCUAGAUAUAUUAUGCUUAGUAAGUGUUUUGAAAUUAAAGACCUUAAACAUUUCAGCAAGUAAAUUUUGGAUUCUAGCUCUGUUUUAAAUUCAAUCCUAAUUUUCAAACCACUGCUACCCCAGAUUUAUUUAUACCUGUUUUGAAAUCUUGUUUAUGAAAUGGAGAAUUGACAGUAUGGUAACAGUUCAUUUACUAAUUAGACAAAGUGUAUUCAGGUUUUAACUGACUUUUCCAUUUCAAUAAAAUUCAUUUGAUACUUUUGGUUGAAAAAAUGGAACACAGUGGAAGUAUUUGGCUACAGGCUACCAAAAUCUAAUCAGAUAAGAUUGUUUUCUUAAAGGAAUUACAAAAUGAAAUUAUACAUUUUCCUUUUCCAAUAUAGUAAGUUGCUUGUUUUCCUAUUAAUACUAGAAAAGAUUUUGUAAACACCUUUGCUGUAGUUGCAGGCAAGAUCUUUCAGCAACAUGUUUUUGCUCCUUGUAACUGAGAAAGUUAGCUCUGAAUCCAGAAACUACUGAAGGGAGUAAUGCAUAUAAUUUUGCUUUGUUGGACCCUAGAAUGCCAGUGUAUCAGGUUUCAGAAUGAUUUUUAGUAGACAGAGAUACUUAAUUUUGUUUUUUGGAGUCUUAAUACCCUGUCCACUUCAUACCUUAUUAGUGGUGAUUUUAGCAAGUUUAAUUAUUUUGCUGAGAUCUUCGAAGAGAGAAAGCCUAUGCUAUGUAAAAUUACAUUCUUAUAGGAAGUAUUGGAAUUAAUUUGCUAUUACCAGUAAGUAAUGGUUGAUGGAUAUUGAAUGAUUUUAUUCUAGAAUGCUGUCACACAAAUAUUAAAGAACUGUACCUCAGGGCCAGAUGGAGGUUCAGGCCUGUAAUCUCAGCACUUUGUGAGGCCAAGGUCGGGGAUCACUGGAGGGCAGGAGUUGGAGACCAGACCUAGGCAACAUAGUGAGAUCCUGUUUCCAUGAGAAAAAAAAAAGAAAACAUGGAACCAUAAGAAUAAAUGAGAUGGCCCUAUGUAAAUGAGGAUUACGUAGAAUGAUAAGACAGGUGGGCUGAAAUACCCAGUGAACAAUAUUUAAGGGAAACUGAAGUACAAAUAGCCUUACAGGUUUUGUUUGUUUUUGAGACAAGGUCUCUCUUACUCUGUUGCCUAGACUGGAGUACAUAGCACGAACAUGGUUCACUGCAGCCUCAGCUUCCUGGGCUCAAGUGAUUCUUCCACCUCAGCCUCCUAGUAGCUGGGAGUAUAGGUGUGUGCCACCACACCCAGCUAAUUUUUUUAUUUCUUUGUAGAGACAGGGUCUCAUGACAUUGUCUAGGGUGAUCUCAAACUCCUGGGCUCAAACAAUCCUCAUGCCUCAUCCUCCCAAACUGUUGAGAUUAUUAUCACCUUGUCCAGCCCAAUGUUGAUUUCUUUUUGUUUUGUUUUGAGAUGGAGUCUUGCUCUGUCGCCCAGACUGGAGUGAAGUGGCUCGAUCUCAGCCCAGUGCAACUCUGCCUCCUGGAUUCCAGCAAUUCUCCUGCCUCAGCGUCCUAAGUAGCUGGGAUUACAGGCAUGUGCCACACCAAGCCUGGCUAAUGUUUGUAGUAGAGAUGGGUUUUUCAUCAUGUUGGCCAGGCUGGUCUUGAACUCCUGACCUUAGGUGAUCCACGCGCCUGGCCUCCCAAAGUGCUGGGAUUACAGGCGUAAGCCACUGCGCCCAAUCAGUUUCUUAAUCUAUACAUCUAGCCCACUCCAUGCCCCUGUUUCAGACUAUUAUAUCCAACUACCUGCCAUAUAUCAUAAAGGUAACUCAAAAACAGCAUAUAUAAAGCUGAACUCAUCUUUCUCUUUUUUUCCUGUCUCUUUGCUGAUGGCAUCCCAUUUCCCCAACCAUUCAAACUGUAAAUCUAAAAGCCUCACAUAGCAUGAGUUUGGAGGCAGAAUAUGAUAAAAAAUAAGAACUCUGGGAGGCCAAGGUGGGUGGAUCACUUGAGGUCAGGAGUUUGAGACCAGCCUGGCCAACAUAGCUAAUCCCCAUCUCUACUAAAAAAACACAGAUUAGCCAGAUAUGGUGGUGCAAGCCUGUAGCCCCAACUAUGUGGGAGGCUGAGGCAGGAGAACUGCUUGAACCCUGGAGGUGGAGGUUGCAGUGACCCAAGAUUGCACCACUAAACUCCAGCCUGGAUGACAGAGCAAGACCCUGUCUCAAAAAAAAAAAGAACAA